GGGGUUUAUUGACCUGUUGAGCGGUUAAUGUUCCAGCACAAGUUGUUCUGUCAGAACUCGUCCAGACUUCACAUGGACCACAUGGACCCCAGCGUGCUCUUCUUCACUUUCACUCUUUCUUGGGCUUCAGCUGCAGCCAGGUCCACAUGGACGGACAAGCCUUGGAUCCUGGUCAAUAGUUCAGACAUAAAGGUGGGGGAGAAUGUGGAGGUCAGUUGCACGCUGCCAAUCGACUACAGAGGAGGCGAGUGUCGUCUCUACCGAGGAGACUCUCGUUUCCCCUUCAGACUGAUGACGGCGUUGGAAUUCAUCUGUGUCUUUAGUCUGUCGUCCAGUGUCCUUCUUGGACCGUUGCCGGUCGGCAGUGUGGUGUCGCUGAGGUGCGACUACCAGCUGCAACAGUACACGUCUGUGUCUAGCGACGGCGCCAGUGUUGUGGUUUGGGGUACAAGUCCCAGUCCCACGUUGUCAGUCAGCCACCCAGUCGUCUCUCCAGAGGACAACGUGGAGGUCAUCUGCUCUCCGCCGCACCUGCCUGUGUACAAAUGUCACUUCUACAGAGACCACGACCGCAUCGCUGAGGGACCCUGCCGACGUAACCUGACAGGCAGCCAACUGGCCAUCUGGGCAGAACCUGCCGUACUCCUUCCUGUCAACCUAACCUGCCGCUACCGACCCAAUGAAGACCUUUACUUUAACUCUGAUGCUAGCAACAACAACAUGCUGUUUGUAGUCGACGCCGCACAGGCAUCGUCCUCACUGGACUGCAAAGUUCCCGUCAACUCGGGGGAACUUGUGGCAUUCCGAGGGCUCAGCUGGACGUUCGCAAGUGGCAGCGGGACAAAGGUCAAAGUUCACGGGACAGACAGUGGCAUGCAGCUCAACUCCAUUUGUGACCUUGCACCACCAGAAAAUUAGAACUGACUGAUCAUAAUAAAACAUUGAAAAAAUACUAUUAAAUAUCACUGACAGGGGUCUAAUAGACAA